UCGCACGGGCUUGUAUAUUCUCUCUCAGCCCUCUUUCCUUCUUGGACCCAGCUCUCGCUACUCCCUUCGUGUUCUAGUCUCUCUUUUGUUAACGAACGCCCUCUUGUGCCUACGCGUACACAUAUAUACGUGACAGCCCGCGUUCCGAUGCAUGGAUUAAACAUCAAAAACGAGGAUAAUUGACGAAAUCGCAAAGUUAUAUAAAAAAAUAAAAUAAAAUAAAAACCCACACAUUGUGUUCGUUUUUGUUCAGUGCUAAUGUACGCGUGUAACAAGAGAACGGCAGUGCAACAGCCGAUUGAGUGAAACAAAAAGAAGAGGAGCAGGAGAGGAGGAGGAGGAGGCCCCUCUUCCCUCGCUGGCAAGGAGGAGCACCGGCUACAGGGUCCUGCGUUCGAGUGACUUUUUGCGCGUGGCUCGAAAGACAAAAAAAAAAGAAACAAAAGCCGUGAAAGAUGACGGUGUUCGGACUGCUCUCGGCCGUCGCCGGCUUCGUCAAAGUACGAUAUUUAAUCGACAAGGCCACAAUCGACAACGUAGUCUUCAGGGCGCACUACAGAAUCACCUCGGCAAUUCUGUUCGCCUGUUGCAUGGUAGUCACAGCGAACCACCUGAUAGGUAGUCCCAUAGACUGCAUCGCGGAUGGGGUGUCCAUCAAUGUCAUCAACACGUUCUGCUGGAUCACUUACACGUUCACCAUACCCGGUGCCAAUACCAAACUCGUAGGAACUGAAGUUGCCCACCCAGGCGUGACCAAUGACUUUGCCAACGAGAAGAAGUACCAUUCGUACUACCAGUGGGUGCCCAUCGUGCUGUUCUUCCAAGGUGUCUUGUUCUAUACGCCCCACUGGAUGUGGAAGCAGUGGGAGAAUGGCAAAAUACGCGUUAUAUCCGAGGGCAUGCGAGGCGCCACCAUGGACACGAAAGCUGAACGAGAAAUUCGCACGCAACGGCUCGUACAGUACAUUUACGACACGCUGCAUCUCCACAACAGUUAUGCAGCUGGAUACUUUUUCUGCGAGGCCUUGAACUUCGUUAAUGUGAUAACAAAUAUAUUCAUGGUGGACAGUUUCCUGGGAGGUAGCUUCUUGAGCUACGGCUGGGAGGUGUUCAAGUUCGCCAACAUGAACCAGGAAGAGCGCUACGAUCCCAUGGUGGCGAUCUUUCCACGAAUGACCAAGUGUACCUUCCACAAGUUUGGUCCGUCAGGGGGUAUACAAAAACACGAUGCCUUGUGCCUCUUGGCCCUCAACAUCAUCAACGAGAAGAUCUACGUUUUCCUCUGGUUCUGGUUCAUCAUACUCGCCAUCAUGUCCGGGGCAGCACUCAUCUACAGUAUGAUCAUCGUACUGUUACCCAACUCCCGCGAGUACAUUCUCAAGAGGCGAUUCAAGUUCAACACCAAGGCGGGUGCUAAAGCUCUGGUCAGGAAAACUCAGAUUGGUGACUUUCUGCUUCUCCACCUGCUGGGCCAGAACAUAAACGUAAUGUUCUUCAACGAGGUGCUCGAGGAGUUGGAUCAUCGGCUGCACAUGGGCUCAUCGGGCAGCGGCGCCUCGCCGACCUCGGUGCCUUCGGCGCCCAGCACAAUCGACAUGUCACCCGUGUACCCCGAGAUGGAAAAAUUCCAAAAGGACACGGACAUGUAAGGAGGCCGUGAUGUAGAAGAGCCCCAAGAGAACUUUCCAAGAUAAUUCACAUGUGAUACGGUGACGAAGCGCGGGAUGUAUAAUGACAUAUUUUUCGUUCCCCUAACUGUACAACACGAUUCCAACGGGUAACCCGCAUCAGCACCACUAUAAUAUAAUAUACAUGUAUGUACUGCACGACCAUAUUAUACCGUCGUUGUCAAUUACCCUCGAUCAUCUCGAAUGAGAAAGCAACAAAAGCAACAAGAUGGAUGAAAGUGGAACGUUUCGGACCAGCACUUUCGUUAGAUUCCCAUCUUCCUUGGAGGAAACGCAUCGAGUGGAUCGUCGAAGUACAUAUUACAUUUACAACCACGCAUGUUCAGAAUAAUUAGGAAAAUUUCACUUUCGUGUAGUGUUUUGGGAGCCGGAGAAAUGAAUCGAGUAUACCUACAUGUGCGUGAGAGAGUGCAGUCUAUACAGAAACCGAUGACAUCGAGGCCACGGGAGUUAUGAAGAUGAUGUGUAUUUGUUUAUGCAUGUGUGGUUGUGAUUGUACAUGGGUACGCGCGAGCAUUCGAUAGAUAAGUGCAUGGCGGAGACUUGUGUGCAAGAUGGAGGAUAUCCCAAAGUGAGGAGAAGCCGCGUAGAGACCCGCGUUCGCAGGCUGUGAGCGUGUAUACGUGUGAAAAGUAAAAUAAAUAAAAGAAAGAAAAAAAAAAAAAAAAAAAAAAGUUGUUCGCUUCGUCGUACGUAUAAUGAAUGUUACAGUGGCACAUCAUAAUGACGGGCGCUGGAACAAAGAAGGAAGAAAUAAAUGAUAAAACGGCGAGUCGCCGCCCACCCACACAUGUGUAUACCCUUCGGACCAACGACUAAUAGCCAGGAUGAUGUUUAAUACGCAUUGAUUUACAAUUACAUGUAUCAUGAUGUUUUUUUUUUUUUUGUUCAUUUCCCGUUAGGUAAUGUACGCGUCAAAUAGAACUUUUACCGGUAAAUUUUGCGUUGUUACGUCAUCACAGUAUAUAUUAUAUACGUAAAUAAUUUAUAAUUAAUGCCAUAUAGCAUUACAGAUUUCUGCGUGAUAUAGCUUUCCAAGCUCGGAAUGCAGUAGAUAGAUUUCCCUCCUGAACUAUAAACAAUUUUUCACAUAUAUAAAUGAUUCGAUUUUGUCUCGCGGUGGGAUCACAAGUGUCCUUAAAUGUUGGAGAUCUCCGAAAAAUUCGCUCAAGUUCAUUGUAAUGUCAGUUAUGUAGCUUUUUUGUACGCAUAAAUCGAAUUAUCAAGUUUUACUCGAGUUUGCCAAAUUAUUUAUAGUAAUCAUUAAAUAUUGUUACUGAAUUUUAAUACGAAAUUGAGAGAAAUGCUUUGAAACUAUUGUCUCUCGGGUUUCACCAAACUCACUGUUAUAUUCAGCAUUGAGGAUGUUCGAUAUAAUUUUCGUACUUUUUUUCGUAACUGUAAGUUACUAGUUUUGCCAAUUUUCCUUAAAUUUUUUUUGUCUGCUUAAUUUUCUCGUAAAAUUCUUUUAGUGCAAUCGAAGCCUUUAGUUAAUACGUCGAUCCAUGAAAUAUUUCGUGAGAUAUGUUGAAAAUUUUGUGAAUAUGUUUUUGUUAUUAAAUUGAUACCAACAGCGAAGUAACGUUGACAGAUGCAUACACUUUUUAAAGUAUAAUUACUCUGUAUUAAAUAAUCAAGGAAAACAUUCUUUUUCUACGCGAUUCAUGAUUUUUUAAGGUCAAAAAAACCGUUGAAGAAAAAAAAACUGUGUUCUGUUAAAGCCAUAAAAAAAUAUUCCGUUUGAUGAAUAGUUUUGACGAAUAAGUUUUACUGCACAAAAAAAAUAAAACCCUAUAAGUUAUCAUUCUACAAAACUCCGAUAAGGUGACCAUGUAAUAUCACAGGACAGCUUUUCACUAAUAGCCCGAUACUGCCUUUAGCCCAUUAAUUGUCUUUACCACUGUCCAUCGAAUCCGACUUGUUACGAUACAUGAUGGCCUUGUGUAGACACACACAUACACACGCAGAGUAAAAAUGAUGAGUGCAUUACGUUUAGCGACAAAUGAAGAUAGAUUCUCUGUCUUGCAUCGCAAGACGAUAUUCUAAGUUUAGACAUAUUAUACAUGAAGAAGAAAAAAAAAUGAAUGCUGCUACUUAUGUAGAUCAUAGAGCUCGAUUAUACAUAUAUACAUAUGGUUAAAUAAAUAUAUGAAUGUCAUUUUACGCAUAUAACGUCAAAGUCCCAUUUUUUGAGUGAUAAAGUUUCGUUAACUAGCUAGCUUUGAUGAGUGAAGAGUUUGAGAGAAUGACGGAUGAGCAAAUAUCAAAGGCAGAAGGGCAAAAUUUAUUGUUUAAUCAUUCGAUUAAGAGAUAAUAAAACAAAACAAACAAAAAAUAGUUAGCAUAUAAGCGAUUAAAGAUACCGUCAAUUAUUACAUAAUGUUCAUAGUGUGCCUAUUUGUAGGGUUAACGAAUGAAGACACUUAGGCAUUAGAAAAUGUAUUUUAUAAAUUUAUAAAAAAAAAAGAAAGAAAGAAAAAACAGAUGAAUGUUUGCACGCCCGUUUUUUACUAUUAUCAUUACAUGUAAUCAACGCCGUGGUGCAAAUUGAGAGGAAGACUGCCAAUUCUGUGCAACGACAUUUUAAAUAUGAAAAUAAAGCUAU